GUGAUAAAAAUCGGCACGCUUCAGCCGCCAUUAUUGACCGCAUCAUCGUUUCGCAUUCUUUCAGAACCUGCCUCCGCCAGUGUGGUCGUCGUGUUCGUAACUCUUGGGUGUUUCGAUUGUAGUGCAAUUUUUGCCGGCUAACGUCGUCACUUGUCGUCAAGGCACCGCGGUCAGUAACCAAGCGAGAAGGAAGAAAAAAGAUGGGUGUUCAGAUCGUACCAAUUGCUGAAGGUGACCAAACCACCUUCCCCAAGCCGGGUCAGACGGCGGUUGUGCACUACACCGGAACGCUGGACAACGGAACCGUGUUCGACUCGUCGCGCACCCGUGGCAAGCCGUUCAAGUUCGCCGUUGGCAAGGGCGAGGUGAUCCGCGGCUGGGACGAGGGAGUCGCCCAGAUGUCGGUCGGGCAGCGCGCUAAACUGGUGUGCUCGCCGGACUACGCCUACGGUAGCCGUGGCCACCCAGGUGUCAUCCCGCCGAACGCUCGGUUGACCUUCGACGUCGAGCUGCUGCGAGUAGAGUAAAUGGGCAGGCCAUUGCCGGAAGCAUUAAAAUUUUACCAGAUCUAUAAUAAUACAUUGACCGACAUCAAAACUACCACUGCACUAACAUCGCUGUAGCAUCAUGCACGUCCCGAAUGCUGGCAAUCGCCAGUGUAAAGGAUUAGCGGUAGCCAACAACAAUCUGCAUCUUUAACGAUCGUAGUAGUCAAGGAGGUUCUUUAACCAUCACAAACAUUUAUAAGAUUGAAAGCUACAAAAUUGCAUUUCGAGUUCUCUUGCUAAUAGUUGGUAAUUCAUCACUGUCUCUAGCUCACGGUGACGUGUUGUAAUUCGUCGUAUUUCCUUAUUUGCGCACCACCAUUCCACCCAAACAAGCAAAAUCCAAACCGAACACAUUCGAUGGCCCUUAAUUGCAUUUAAAUGUUAUAUUACGGAUCGAUAGUAUUGAGCAGUUUAAACGCAGGACAGCAAACAGAAUCAAAUGCUCCAGAGUGUAAUCCAUCGGAAGAGUAGCAUGUGAAAUAAAGCAUUUAAAAUUCGUCACCAUAAAACACGCAACGAUUACUAAAAACCAUCACCGACCUGUUUUGAAAACCUCAAACCGCUGGUCCCUCUUUUCCGCAGUGCAGUUACUUGGUCUCUCUAGUUUGCGCUGAACUGAACACAUUUAGGAGGAUGUAAAGUUCCCACUUUCCUGUUCAGCAUGCAUUUAAACUCUACUUGUUCAAUCAACUCGGAUACACCACGGCUCGGACGAGCGUUGUGUGGUUCUAUUUAACAGUUUUUGGGUCAGUACUUCAGGUCUCUUUACGGAACACAGUGGGAAAACACUGCCCACCACCCAGGAAUUCAAAUCUACAACUAGAAACUUACACAACAAUCUUUUUCCCCUCUUCGGGAUGGUCGGAUUCAAUGCAAGAAAUAUUGAAAUUGAAAUAAAAUAUUAACUCUACACCAAAACAGAA